UAUUUGAAUUCCCAAAAACGUUAUGAAGAUUGUUUACUAUUUAGAAUAGUUUGAAAAGCUUUGUUGGGUAUCAUUAAUAUAAACUGAACUUUUAUUUGAAAUACAAGGAGAUAAAACAUAUUAUUUAAUUGCUCAAAAUAAAACCUAAACAAUGUCUCAGAAUUUAAAGUGGCUCGAUAAUAUUAAAAUGGAAUUUGAGGCAGUAAGCCAAGAAUUAGAUGAGGCUAUUGAUCGUGAUAAAUUAAAGAGGGAAUUAUCUAAAAAACAAACUGCAUUGGAAUCUCAAAUAGUGCAGGAGAGCAAAUUAAAUGAAGACCUAAAGAACCAAUUAGCAGAUUUGACUCGGCGCUCUGAUGAUGUGGAUAAAGUGUGCAAUUUGUUAAAAACCCGUCUUAACAUUGCAGACAGUGACAAAAACAAACUGGAAUCUGCAAGGGAACAGUUUCUUCUAGCAAAGGAAUUGACUGGUAUAAGAUUAGACUUUGAAUACUGUGCAAAACAUCCUAAUAAGGCAAAAGGCUAUAUAAAGAAUCAACACAAGCACUUGCUAGAAUCAUUUGAUAUGGAUAUCAACAGCGAUGCCCUUUGGGACCUCGUGACUAAUAUAUUUGUCACUGGUGACGAGAACUGGCCUCCAAAUAAUAAAUAGAAUGCUAAAUAUA